ACCAGACAGGUUAAGGGGAAGCCACUGAGGAGAAAGCGGGUGGGCGGAGGUUGGUGGGUCUGCCACGGCCGGGCGCCGGAGGGAGGCAGAGAGACGCCGGAAGGCUGGUCCUGCGGGGAAUUUGCUGGGCACUCGGCGAAGGGAAGCGCGGCGGCGGCGGCGGUGGAGGAGGACGACGAGAGGACACGCCUGUCUGCGCCUUCUCCCGUCUUUGAGGGGAGCGGUUCCCGCAGCAGCAGCAGCAGCCGGGCGAGGGGACGAGCCAGCUGCGGCCGCUGCCUCGGCCAGGGGAAGAGGAAGCAGGGAAGGGCAGAAAUGGGAGUGUUGUGACAUUGGAAUGUCUGGCAAGAAUCGGUGUGAGACACGGUCCCAAAGAGGUUGUACGCUGAAUGUCAUCUGUGAAAGACCCCUAUUCCCACCUUACUGUGGUUAUCCGGACACCAUAUUUUUUAGAGUUUCUUAGGACUGUAUCGGUUUGGGCAGACUUCUGCUAACUACAUUUUGAUAAAUAAGGCAGAUUUUUUUUAUGUUUGCCAGAGAAUCAGCUACCACUGAAAGGGGGAACAAACACUUUUUGUUUUGUUUUCAGAAAUUGCCUCUUUGAGGGGUAUAAAACCCCCAUAUUUUGGAAGAACUGGAAUUUGGGGAGGCAAGUACAUGCGGGAACUUUGCCUGGAUGUUAGCACAUCUGGGUUUUCGGAGGACCAUGCAACUCCAUAAGCUGCAGACGAAUGGCACUGUGCGACCUUUUAAGCCAUAUGAGAAGUAUUACUGAGCCCUGGUAUCAAACAUAGCUUUAUCUCUUAAAUCGGAUGAACAGCAUUAUUUUAUGUGCUAAUCAAGAUCACAUUGGGAUGGAAGGAUGCUGCUUGUGGGACAGGCAAUGCCACUGAGCAGCAUGAGAAGGGAUGAAGGAUUUGUGGGUUUGCUUUGUACUCUGUGACAAAAAGUCCCACGCAGCAGCACGUACAUCAGCUUGGGUUGAAGAAUUUGUUGUCUUAAAUGAAACGGAAGAUAUUUUCCUGUUUCUGACUUGUCCUGGAGAAAAGACCCAGUAAAAUGGCUCAGACCAGCUUGCUGCAAGGGAAGCAGUUUUACUGUCGAGAGUGGGUUUUUCAUAAGCUCCAGCACUGCCUCCAGGAGAAGACAAGCUGCAGCAACAGUAGUGCGAACAAACCCUCUGUUGUGCUGAAUUCUGGGACAAAUCCAUGUGUCAUCCCUGGCAAAGGGGCUGCCUGGGGUGUGUUGCUAGUGGGAGGGCCUGGCAGUGGCAAGACAGCCCUCUGUACCGAACUGCUGUGGCCAAGCUCGCCUGCUGGUCUGCAAAGGGGUUUACAUCACCAGGCGUUGGCCUUUCACUUCUGCAGAGCUCAGGACUCGGACACGCUCUGCGUGGGAGGGUUCAUUAGAGGGUUAGUAGCUCAGAUCUGUCGCAGUGGACUCAUCCAGGGAUACGAGGACAAACUGAGAGAUCCAGCGGUUCAGAGUUUCUUGCAGCCUGGAGAAUGUGAGAGGAAUCCCACCGAAGCAUUUAAAAGGUGCAUUCUACUCCCCCUUCUGGGAGCCAAGCCCCCCCAGCAAAGUCUCUUCCUCCUCGUAGAUUCAGUAGAUGAAGGUUGUAACAUUUCAGAAAGUGACCAGACCUCUUCGGGCUUAUCUGGAACCAUCGCUGAGCUUCUGGCAAGCCACUAUGAAUUUUUUCCUCCAUGGUUGCUGCUCUUGUGCUCUGCUCGGAAGCAGAGCAAAGCUGUUACAAAAAUGUUUACCGGCUUUCGAAAAAUAAGCCUCGAUGAUCUCCGAAAGGCUUAUAUUGUGAAAGAUGUUCAACAGUAUAUUCUUCAUCGCUUAGAUCAGGAAGAAGCACUGAGGCAGCACCUCACAAAAGAAACUGCAGAAAUGUUGAACCAGCUUCACAUUAAAAGUAGUGGAUGUUUCCUAUAUCUUGAACGUGUCCUGGAUGGUGUAGUAGAAAACUUUAUCAUGUUAAGAGAAAUACGUGAUAUCCCUGGAACACUCAAUGGUCUCUAUCUUUGGCUUUGUCAGAGGCUUUUUGUGAGAAAACAGUUUGCGAAAGUACAGCCUAUUCUCAACGUAAUCCUUGCUGCUUGCAGGCCGCUGACUACCUUGGAAUUAUUCCAUGCUGUGUGGACCAAAAACAUGGCACUGUCUAUGGAGGAGUUCCAACGCAAACUAGAUGUUCUAUCAAAGGUUCUUGUUGAUGGUCUUGGAAACACAAAGAUCCUUUUUCACUAUAGUUUUGCAGAAUGGCUGCUAGAUGUAAAGCACUGUACACAAAAGUAUUUGUGUAAUGCAGCAGAAGGGCACAGAAUGCUAGCCAUGAGUUACACUUGUCGAGCCAAAGAUCUAUCACCACUGGAGGCUCAAGAAUUUGCUUUGCAUCUAAUAGAUUCAAAUUUGCAACUGGAGACUUCUGAGUUAGCUUUGUGGAUGAUCUGGAAUGGUACGCCUGUCAAAGAUUCAUUAUCAACAUUGAUCCCCAAAGAACAAGAAGUUUUACAGUUGCUAGUAAAAGCUGGUGCUCACGUCAACAGUGAGGAUGAUCGGACAUCUUGCAUUGUGCGACAGGCUUUGGAAAGAGAAGAUUCAAUUCGAACCUUAUUGGACAAUGGCGCUUCAGUAAACCAGUGUGAUUCAAAUGGGCGAACACUCUUAUCUAAUGCUGCAUAUAGUGGCAAUCUUGAUGUAGUCAAUUUACUAAUUUCUAGAGGUGCAGAUUUGGAGAUUGAAGACACACAUGGGCAGACAGCACUUACUUUAGCAGCUCGGCAGGGACACACCAAAGUUGUAAAUUGUUUGAUUGGCUGUGGUGCUAACAUAAACCAUACUGACCAUGAUGGGUGGACAGCACUACGAUCUGCAGCUUGGGGUGGGCAUACAGAAGUGGUAUCUGCAUUACUUUAUGCUGGUGUAAAAGUGGACUGUGCAGAUGCUGACAGUCGAACAGCCCUGAGAGCAGCAGCAUGGGGAGGACAUGAAGAUAUUGUGCUGAAUCUGUUGCAACAUGGGGCUGAAGUUAACAAAGCAGACAAUGAAGGUAGAACUGCUUUAAUUGCAGCAGCCUACAUGGGGCAUAAAGAAAUUGUUGAGCAUCUGCUAGAUCAUGGUGCAGAAGUGAACCAUGAGGAUGUGGAUGGGAGGACUGCUCUUUCCGUUGCAGCCCUCUGCGUACCUGCUAGUAAGGGACAUGCUUCAGUUGUAAGCCUUUUAAUUGACCGGGGUGCUGAGGUAGAUCAUUGUGACAAAGAUGGCAUGACUCCACUGCUUGUGGCAGCUUAUGAAGGACAUGUAGAUGUUGUUGACUUGCUUCUAGAAGGUGGAGCAGAUGUAGACCACACUGACAACAAUGGUCGCACGCCUCUUCUUGCUGCAGCUUCAAUGGGCCAUGCCUCUGUUGUAAAUACUCUCCUGUUUUGGGGAGCAGCUGUGGAUAGCAUUGACAGUGAAGGACGGACAGUUCUUAGCAUAGCCUCUGCCCAAGGUAAUGUUGAAGUUGUAAGGACUCUGCUAGAUAGAGGGUUGGAUGAAAAUCAUAGAGAUGAUGCAGGAUGGACACCUUUGCACAUGGCAGCUUUUGAAGGACACAGGUUAAUAUGUGAAGCACUUAUAGAACAGGGUGCUCGAACAAAUGAAAUUGACAAUGAUGGGCGCAUACCAUUCAUAUUGGCUGCCCAAGAAGGUCACUAUGAUUGUGUGCAAACCUUAUUGGAAAAUAAAUCCAACAUUGACCACAGAGGCUACGAUGGGAGAAAUGCACUCCGUGUUGCUGCUUUAGAAGGCCAUAGAGAUAUAGUGGAACUGCUGUUUAGUCAUGGUGCUGAUGUAAACUACAAAGAUGCUGAUGGCCGGCCAACACUCUAUAUCUUGGCUUUAGAGAACCAGCUAACAAUGGCUGAGUAUUUUUUGGAAAACGGUGCAAAUGUAGAAGCUAGUGAUGCUGAAGGACGGACAGCACUCCAUGUCUCCUGCUGGCAGGGUCAUGUGGAGAUGGUGCAGAUGCUGAUCACAUGCCAUGCUGAUGUGAAUGCAGCGGACAAUGAGAAACGAUCAGCGUUGCAGUCUGCUGCGUGGCAGGGCCAUGUCAAAGUGGUUCAGCUUUUGAUUGAGCAUGGUGCCCUCGUGGACCAUACAUGUAAUCAAGGUGCUACUGCACUUUGUAUUGCAGCCCAAGAAGGCCACAUUGAUGUUGUACAGAUAUUACUGGAACAUGGUGCUGAUCCAAAUCAUGCGGAUCAGUUUGGGCGGACAGCGAUGAGGGUUGCUGCAAAAAAUGGACACACACAAAUAAUUAAAUUACUGGAAAAAUAUGGUGCUUCUAGUCUGAAUGGCUGUACUCCUUCUCCAGUCCAUACAAUGGAGCAAAAACCUUUGCAGUCAGUAUCCUCAAAAAUGCAAUCCUUAACUAUAAAAUCAAACAGUUCAGGGAGCACUGGUGGGGGAGAUACACAGCCUGCUUUGCGUGGCUUGUCCAAUGGGCCAGCCCAUGCCUUUAGUUCUCCUUCUGAGUCUCCUGAUUCUACAGUUGAUCGGCAGAAGUCCUCCUUAUCCAACAAUUCACUGAAAAGCUCCAAAAACUCUUCUCUUCGCACAACAUCAUCUACAGCAACUGCCCAGACUGUACCUAUUGAUAGUUUCCACAGUAUGUCCUUUACAGAGCAAAUACAACAGCAUUCGUUGCCCCGCAGCAGAAGUAGACAGUCUAUUGUUUCGCCUUCGUCCACAACUCAUUCCUUAAGUCAGAAUCAUAGUUCGCCGAACAGUGAGUUUGAAUGGAGUCAGGUGAAGCCCAGCUUGAAAUCCACAAAAGCAAGCAAAACAGGGAAAACUGAGAACUCUAGCAAAUCUGGUUCUGCUGGAAAAAAAGGGAAACAGAAUGCCUCUUCACAGCCAAAAGUUCUAGAAUAUGAAAUGACUCAGUUUGAUAAAAGAAUACCUCUUGCCAAAUGUGGGGCCAGUGUGCCCCUUAAAUCAAUGCCAACUGACACCCCAUGCAAAAUUGUAAUCCCUCCAGCUCAACAAGAAGUUGGCCGCUCUCAGCAGCAAUUCUUAAUUCACCAACAAAGUGGGGAACAGAAGAAGAGAAAUGGAAUAAUGACAAAUCCUAACUACCAUCUUCAGAGCAACCAAGUUUUUCUUGGCAGGGUUUCUGUCCCACGAACAGUACAGGAUCGAGGGCACCAGGAGGUUUUAGAAGGCUAUCCUUCUGCAGAGACAGAGCUAAGCCUUAAACAAGCCUUAAAACUUCAAAUUGAAGGAAACAACCCAAGUUUCAACUAUAAGAAAGAAACACCACUGUAAGAGGCAGCUCACAGCACCAUGAAUUAAACAGAAGAGCUCCUGCCUUGAACUGUUUGUCAGCUGGGCUGGGAUAAAAAUAUAUCUUGGCUUAUUGAACCACAUUGAAAAUUACGAAUGUGAUCACUGCAGUACAGCUUCCUUGAUUACUGUAAUGUGCCUAAAAGUUUUAAGGCUGCCUUCUUAAAUGUAACCUUCUGUGCUUCAAAAAUUUUAUUUUGUGUACUUUGUAUUUCAUAACACAGAAUAAGCACUUUCUUUCUUUCUUAGUAGCAAAACAAAAUAACACUGUUUUUUUUUUCCCUCACCCAGGUGAAAAAUUGUAAGAGCUAAAAAUCUGGGUUUCCUUUUCGCGAAGGCUUGGGCAUUGUACAUGUGCCACAGUGGACUUUGUGUUGAAAGGCGAUGCCUUCUAUAUUUAUUUUAUAUUAAUGUGGUGAAAGAAACUCUGCAUACAGCCAAAAAGACAGGAAGCAUCCUUCCUAACUACCUUAAGAUUAAAGCAGCCCUUCAACACUGAUGCGGUCACUUGUGAAUUCCCUUGAAUAGGUCUUUGUCCCCAAGAUUAAAUGCUAUCUUUCUUCCUUUGACUUGUACCAACUCUGCUGCAGCCUAAUUUUAGUCAUAGCCCAUCUUGUCUUUUUGCUACAAGUUCACAUGGUCAAAUCCACACAAGGCCUCAACCUCCCCAAAGGGUGGCAUUAGAUCAGAGCACAUCUGGCACAUCCAUAGAUAGAAAGACAACAGGCAUGUACAGCCUAUGCAGUGACUCCAAAAUGACCUCUACAGUCACAGCCCUCUCUGUGUCCGAUUGCUGCAGCUGUAUCUGUGGGUGAGCCAACUCUUGCACAACUUUGUCACGGACACAGUUGCAACAAAGGUCACUCCAAAUGGAUGAAUUGGCUUUAAUGCAGGCCACACUUCUGUACAUCUGGAAUCACAUCAGCCUUUCUGUAAUGUGUUUCUGUGUCAUUUGAAUGUUUUCUCACCAAAAAAGACAGGACAUUGGCUAAACAGCAGUACUUGUGUUCGGUUCUGGUUAGCAGAGGAGAAAGGACUGUAGCAUAGUUCAUCAAGCACAGUUCUUUUUAAUCAUUUGAAAGGCUAUGGAGAAAAGAGUAGCUUUUUUAAAAAAAUCAUGAAACAGGUGCUCAUGUAACCCAUUAAAUGAGGAUGUACCUCUGUCCAGGCUGUCACUUUCCAAUCCCUUUCGGUAAGCUAGUGAAGGUUGCCAAUAUAGCCAUCAGUGAAACAUCCUUGAACCUCUUUCCAGCAUUCCCCAUCCAAUCUUUUGGUGCUUAUUCACUGGAGGAGUGGAACCACAUUUAGGUUUUCACAUCCUCAGUUGAAAGAGUCUUGAUGUAUUUCUGUACUACAGAGUUACAGUAAUUUGAUACCUCUUGUGGCUCCAUCCCGUGGCGUUCGGGGACUGGUUCUUUGCUGUGAUAUUUCGAAUUCUCUGCUAUGUCUCAUAGUGCAUUCCUUGGAACUACUGCAGAGAAUUCUUAAGUACUACGCCAAGCUGCACAUCUCAGUAUUCUGAAAGAUGAAACCAUGGGAGUUGAAGUUGUACCAAACCGCUACAGUUCUGUACUUUGGAAAUACUUUCAGUUGGAGAGCUCAGAAAAAAAAUUGUGUGCAGGAGAAGAUGGAAAUAAAUCCAGUUUCAUAUGAGGCAGCCACAUAUGUUCAAAUGUGAAUUUAUUGGGAACCUUUGGGAAGAAGGGGUCUUUGACAAAACAGCUUGCUCUUUCUGGUAGCAGCUGUUCCCUGUCUGUUGCUGCAUGGCCUCAAAACAGUGAUAUGUCACUUUCCAUGAUGAUUAAUUUAUUGCCUGUUAAAUGUCAUUCUUCGAUUCGAUGUAAAUUGUGCACUCUGUGAUAUCUGUGCUCAUGCUGAGUAGUCAAAUAUGCUCCAGGACAUGGUCUGUAGUCCAUCUGGACCUAAUGUUGUGCAAGUAGCUGUUCAAAAUCUCAAGUUUCUUCUACUUCAAAUGUAAUUUUUUAAAACUACAUACCUUUUGUACUUGCCAUUCAGUAGCUACUUAGGAGAAAGAAAGGAAAAUUCACAGGACAUCUGCAACAACAUUUAUUUAUUUAUGUAAAAUGCUGACCUCAUCAUACCCUAUCUGUCUUGUGUGACCAAAAACAAAAUGUGGAACAUUGCUGGACAUACUGAUUUUAUUCUUAGGAAACGGGUCAGGUUUAUUCCUGCACUGCAGUGGUGUCACCAAGCUCAUGUCUUUACUUUUCCUCAUAGCAAAGAAUCGAAAAAAAAUCCCUUACAAAGGAUAAAUAAAUUAGCAUUUUGUAUUUUUGCUGCCAAAAUGUCAAGACCUAUUCAGUGGAAGUGACAAUCUAUGACCUGUCGCUGCUGAUGGAAAUUUGACAAGAAGGAAUAGGUACUAUUCCUGUCACUUUGAAGCAAAGGCACCCCUCCACCUUCCUGAACAGGCAUCCUGCAAUUUGAAUUGACAUUCCUCUGUAUAUGCCCCACCCAUUUUAAUUUUCCUAAGUACUGUAUCAAUAAUUCUGACAUAAAUUUCUUUCAUCUGUUGGGCUUCUUACAAAAAUAAACAAUUUGGAAGAAUGUUGAAGGAGUUAACUUCCUACCUGUUCAGAACCUCAAGUGCUAGCUGUUUGCAAUACCGCAGAAGAAUAGAACUUUUUAAUUAUUUGUACAUUUUAAUUAUUAGACAUCCCUAAAUGUUGCCUUCUGUCUGUGUCUUGGCUGUUGCUGAAAUUAUAUUUAUUUAAAUAUAUUUUAUUAUCAUAUGUAUCUUAUAAUCUGGCCAUUUUUACAAGAAGGCUAUACAUUGCAGAAACUUUUAUGGUUUUCAGCAGAACAAUCUCAGCAUUUGAAUAAGUUGGUAAGUGUAAUAUCCCACCCGGAAAAAUGAUCUAAAGAGAACCGAAAUGAAAGUUCCUACGUAUUUCUGAAGAAGCAACAGAAGAAUGUGUGUUUCUCUAUUGAAAAGUAUCCCAUUGACAAGAGUGUGAGAUUGUUCUGCAUUGCUUUAAUGUAUGAUUUUAAUAUAUUGGCUUUCUGUCUCUCAGAAAUGGUAAAAUUGCCUUGAAAUAUGGGCAGCUGUUGGAGAAUUGAACUUGUAAAUUGUUGGUUGUGAUGCAGUCCUCCUACAUCUUGAGUUAGUAGGGCUGAUCAGUUUUAAUUUAGCAUAACUCAAGACUUCUGUUUGGUUUGGUUUUGUCCUACUCCACAAAUUUCUGUAUCUCUAGUCCUGUUUUAUCUGCAGCUUUCUUACAUUAUCCAAAGUCAUUACUUGAGUAAAGUAGGAAAAUGUUGCAAUUCCUGACUGGGAGACAAGGGAAAGGAGUGGUGAAUUUUAAUAACUGUACUAAGGAUGUGUACCAAGGAAGCUAUCACAGGGGAAAGAAUGGUAAAUUGAUCACUAUUCAACAUGUAAAGAUAUAGCAAAGCCCCACAGUCCUUGUCAUUAUCAGUAUUGGAAAAUGUCUUUGCUUUUCCUUGAUGCAUUAUUUUCUCUUGUCAGCUAUGCUGCUAUGCAAGUGUCUAUUUAAGCUCAACAUCCUCCAUUGAAACUCUUCAAAUAACAUGGUGCGCUGAUAAAACCUUUUUUCCUGGACUGGGUUGUAAAUAGCCUAAAAUGUACAUUGAAUUUCACACUGUAAAAUUUUUAUUUUAUUUCUUGUAUUAUAUUAAGCAAAAUCCUUAUGUAUAUGAAAGUGCAUAAUAAAUAUAUUUGCUUUUCAGCAGA